GCGCUACGACAUGCGAAGCGCACUGAAACGACAAGUCCAAGAAAAAAACAGCGGAUUCCCGUUGAAGGACGUUCAGCGCUACGCGGGCAACGUCCUCUUGGCUUUGAGGGCUCUCUGGGCCAUCAGGAUCAUCCACACCGACAUCAAGCCCGAUAAUCUCCUGCUGUCCUUGGAUAAGGAGUCGGUGAAGCUGUCAGACUUUGGAUGUGCCAUCGAUACCCAGGAGUCCAUGCAGGCGGCCCACAUUCGCAGAGCCUACGCAAGCAGUUACCGACCACCCGAGAUCAUUCUAGGCCAGUCGUUCAGUACUCGGGCGGACAUGUGGAGUGCUGGAGCGACGCUUUUUGAGCUUGCUUCGGGACAUGUUCUCUUCCCCGAAGGUGCAAACAACGCGAUGCUACUCGAUAUUCUCCGAACCUGCGGCGCUUUCAAGAAGCAGUUCGCAGUAACCGGAAAGCAUGCGCUCAAGCACUUCACCCCUCAGGGUGCAUUCCGCCGCCGGACAAAGUCGGGCUCAGAGCAGCAGCUGUCGAUGUCUCAGUUCACCACACCAAGCAAGCCUGUUCCAACACGCUUGCGGAACGUGCUGCAGGACGUCCUGCUGGAGCCUUUCGCAGAACUUCUUGCGCAGGCAUGCUUGGUGCCUGAUCCCGCCAAGCGAUCAUCGGCAGAAUCAGCUCUGAGACAUCCGUUCCUGAAGAUGAGGCGAUCCGGAUAG